AUUGCAAUAAAAUAAGGGUUUUAUGAUGUGUCAAAUGACACCAAUAUCCUUUGUAUAUUCCCCUUCAUUUUCAACUUUCAGGGUCAUUAUCGUCAAAUCAACAUAAUAACCAAAGACCCAAGCUUGUUUGACCGUCUACUUUCCGGCGCCACCCCAUACCAAACGACACCGUUUCACUUCACACUACACAAGACAAAUACUUCAUCUUCCCCAAAGCCUUCUGAGUUCUCUCUCAUAAAGUCAUAAUAAAAGCUAGUUAGUUUUUAAAAACUCAAGUGAAAUGGGGUACAAAAUCAAGAAAUCUUAGUGGGAUUUUCAAGAAACACACCAUUGAAGUGUUCAUCUAAAUAUAAGCUUACUUCUUUCUUUGACUCUUUCUGAAACUCAAUGGCUAUGACCUUCAAGUUUCUUCAUCUUUCAUGCAUGUUAUUUGGCUUCUUCAUGCUCACUAAUGCCGCCAUUGUUGACCAAAACUUCGAAAGGGAGACUUUAAUCUCUUUCAAAAACUCAUUCUUGGACCCCAAUUUGCUCUCCAAAUGGGACCUCACAACCCCACAUUGUCAAUGGGAAGGUGUGUUUUGUCAACACGAACGAGUCACUUCACUCGUUCUCUCAACUCGCUCACUCAAAGGUCCACUUCCCAUUUCUCUUUUCUUUCUUUCCAAUCUUGUACUCCUUGAUCUUUCUUCCAAUCUGUUUUCCGGUGAACUUUCCCACAAAAUAUCCCAACUUUUACACCUUCGUGUUUUAAAAUUGGGUAACAACCAACUCUCUGGUGAGUUACCGAGUUCACUCGGUGGUUUGACUCAGUUACAAACUGUUGAACUUGGAGCAAAUUUUUUCACCGGCGUAAUUCCGAUUUCCAUUAAAAAGUUAUCCAAUUUGGAUUCACUUGAUCUCUCUUCAAACUCGUUGACCGGAAUCAUCCCGCCGGAGAUCGGACGGUUAACAAAACUCCGGUCACUUAGUCUCGGCAACAAUUUAUUAACAGGUUCUUUAACUCCAUCACUUCUCUCAAAUCUUACUAAUUUAGUGUUCUUAGAUGUCGCAAACAACACACUUUCCGGCCCAAUUCCUCGUGAAAUCGGAAACCUUUCGAAUCUCACCGACCUUUUUCUCGGAAUCAACCGUUUCUCCGGCGUACUUCCGACAGAAAUCGGUAACCUUAAAAACCUACAAAACUUUUUCUCACCCUCUUGUUCAAUUCAAGGCCCAUUACCGGACAGUUUUUCAAACCUUAAAUCUUUGUCAAAACUUGAUCUUUCUUCCAACCCAUUAAAGUGUUCGAUCCCAAAAUCAUUUGGUCAAAUGCGAAACUUGACAAUUUUAAACCUAGGUAACUCCGAACUUAACGGUUCUAUUCCCGGUGAGCUUGGAAACUGUCGGAAUCUUAAAACAUUGGUGCUUUCGUUUAACUCGUUAUCUGGGUCUUUACCCGAAGAGAUUUCACAGCUUCCGUUGGUUACGUUUUCGGCUGAAAAUAAUCAGCUUUCGGGUUCUUUACCGUCUUGGGUUGGUAAAUGGGAUAAAAUAAAUUCACUUUUGUUGGCGGGAAAUAAGUUUUCGGGUCGGAUUCCACCGGAGAUUGGGAAUUGUUCAAUGCUUAGUCAGUUGGGCUUGAGUAAUAAUAUGUUUACGGGUUUUGUUCCUAAGGAAGUAUGUAAUGCGGUUUCGAUUACGGAGAUUGAUCUUGAAAGUAAUCUGCUUUCGGGUUCGAUUGGUGAUACGUUUAUGGGUUGUGGGAAUCUUACGCAGUUAGUGUUAUCUGAUAACAAGAUUGUUGGGGGUAUUCCUGAUUAUUUAUUUAAUCUUCCUUUGAUGGCUCUUGAUCUUGAUUCUAAUUUGAUAAGUGGUGUUAUUCCGUUGAGUUUAUGGAAUUCGACGAGUUUGAUGGAGUUUUCGGCUGCGAAUAAUCGGUUAGAGGGUAGUCUUCCUGGAGAAAUUGGGGCUUCUGUUUUGUUACAAAGGUUGGUUUUAAGUAACAACAGGUUGACAGGGGGUAUACCGAAGGAAAUCGGAAGUUUAGGUUCACUUUCGGUUCUUAAUUUGAAUUCGAAUAAUUUUUCUGGUGUGAUUCCCGUUGAAAUUGGGAAAUGUGGUUCUCUUACUACAUUGGAUCUUGGUAACAACAGGUUUAACGGGUCGAUUCCGGUUGAGAUCACUGGUUUAUCUCAGCUGCAAUGCUUGGUGCUUUCGAAUAAUGAUCUUUCGGGUGCGAUUCCUUCUUCGAACGGUUCGAAGUACUUCAGGGAAGUUGGUAUUCCCGAUUCGAGUUUCGUUCAACACCAUGGGUUGUAUGAUCUUUCGCAUAAUCGGUUGACUGGUUCAGUUCCUGAUGAGUUAGGAAACUGCUUGGUUGUGGUGGAUCUUUUGCUUAAUGAUAACAUGCUUUCCGGUGAAUUACCGAAAUCUCUAGCAAAGUUGGCCAAUCUCACGACGUUAGAUCUUUCCAACAAUGUGUUAUCCGGUGGUUUACCUGCUGAAUACGGCCGGUCGAUGAAACUUCAAGGUUUGUAUCUGGAAAAUAAUAAACUGACCGGGAGUAUACCGGCUGAAUUAGGCGAACUCCAUAGUUUGGUUAAGCUUAAUUUGACCGGUAAUCGAUUAUCCGGCGCUGUUCCAUCCGCAUUGGGGAAGUUAACAGGGUUGACUCAUUUGGAUUUGAGCGAUAAUCUGCUCCAGGGCGAACUUCCUUCAACCAUUUCAAACAUGGCGAAUCUUGUCGGGUUGUUUCUACAGCAAAACCAGAUAUCUGGUAACAUAGACGGGCUAUUUGUUCGUUUAACCGAGUGGCGGAUUGAAAUCUUGAAUUUGAGUAAUAAUAUGUUUUCUGGCUUCUUGUCUCAAGCAUUAGGCAAUAUGUCGUAUUUGACAUCUUUGGAUCUUCAUGGAAACUCAUUCACCGGUGAAAUUCCAUGGGGGAUCGGAAACCUGAUGCAGCUCGAGUAUUUGGAUUUCUCGAAUAAUAAGUUAUCAGGUCGAAUUCCCGACAGUCUCUGCAGUGUUUCGAAUAUUAAUCACAUGGAUUUGGCCAGAAACAGAUUAGAAGGCCCGGUUCCAAAGAACGGAAUUUGCGGGAAUACGUCGAGAGUUUCACUCUCCGGGAACAAAGCGUUAUGUGGUGGGAUUCUCAGUUUGCAAUGUCCGGGAGCUAGUUUUCGCAAAGGGUCAAAGUUAUUUAACGUAUGGUCGUUGGGUUCAAUCGCCAUUGGGACUUUGUUAAUUGCAGGGUUUAUAACAAUUGUGGCGAUUAAACGAAUUCACAGAAUCAAGAAAAAAUCUGAUUGUGAAUAUCCCGGUGUGAAUAACAGCAGUUCGGUUGAUCAUAAUCUGUAUCUUUUGAAUAGCAGCAGGUCGAAAGAAUCGUUGAGUAUCAAUGUAGCGAUGUUUGAACAACCGCUCGUCAAGUUAACUCUUGCCGACAUUCUAGAAGCCACAAAUAACUUCUGUAAAUCGAAGAUUGUCGGUGAUGGUGGAUUUGGUACAGUCUACAAAGCUCAAUUACCAAACGGAAAGAUCGUAGCAGUCAAGAAACUUAACCAGUCGAAAUCACAGGGUCAACGAGAGUUUUUGGCCGAAAUGGAAACUUUAGGGAAAGUUAAGCAUCGAAAUCUUGUGUCAUUGCUCGGUUACUGUUCGUUUGGUGAAGAGAAACUGCUCGUAUAUGACUACAUGGCUAACGGUAGUCUGGAUCACUGGCUACGAAACCGAACCGGAGAGAUGGAAAUCUUGACGUGGGCCAAACGUUUCAAUAUUGCAGUGGGUUCGGCUCGUGGGUUAGCGUUUUUGCACCACGGGUUUAUCCCGCAUAUCAUUCAUAGAGACGUUAAAGCGAGCAACAUUUUACUCGAUGAAGAUUUCGUCCCAAAAGUUGCUGAUUUUGGGCUAGCAAGGUUGAUAAGUGCAUGUGAGACUCACGUGAGUACCGAUCUCGCUGGAACAUUUGGUUACAUUCCGCCGGAGUAUGGGCAGAGCUGGCGGGCGACAACCAAGGGUGACGUUUAUAGCUUCGGGGUGAUUCUUCUUGAACUGUUGACCGGAAAGGAGCCAACGGGGCUAGAGUUUAAAGAUGUUGAAGGUGGGAAUUUGGUGGGGUGGGUUUGCUAUAAGAUCAAGAAAGGUCAGGCCGUUGAUGUGCUUGAUCCAACGGUUGUGAAUGGUGAUUCGAAGCCUGUAAUGCUUCAGACGCUUCAGGUUGCUGCCAGUUGUGUGUCUGAAAAUCCGGGUAAUCGGCCUACCAUGCUUCAUGUGCUUAAGUUCUUGAAAGGAAUCAAACAUAAUUGUUUGUAGAGUUGUUUCUAUAAAGCAUGGGUGAGGAAAUCAAGCAAUGUUUGUAAGCACUAUGUAUGUUUCUAUUCAGUGGAAGAAAAGUUUUAUUUAUGAGUUAA